UUUUUUACUCGAUUAAUCUUGAUUGUUUUGUUUCACCUCCCCUCAAUACUUCUCCUAUAUAAAUUUAUAUCUCUAAACCUAAAUUCAUUCUAAAUUGAAAAAAAAAACCUAAUCUGCAGAAGCUAUGGCCAUGAAAUAUCACCGAAAAAAUCAGCUUUCCACCUACAAAUCUCCAGUCCUCAUCUACUUCUUCUGAAACCAUCCCCCAGAGAGAAGGUAAGGUCGGAUUUCUAGAGUCUAGCUGAAGAUAGAUAGAAGCCAUCGGCAGCACAACUGUACUUGACGGUGAGAUAGCUAAGGCUAAAGCUAAAUCGGACUGAGCCAUGGAGAUUAAGGCGUACUCUUCGAUAAAUUAGCAAAGGAAGGUGAAAAAUGAAUUUACCUUUGUUCUGGAGUUGACAAUUAUGGACAAAUGAUGAGAUUCUUGGGUUUGGUUUUGAAACAAGGCUACUCUUGAGCUUGAGAAAAGACACGAGCGACCAUGAACGCGGUAUGGGGAAGACCACAGACCACUACAUCGUCACACUCUGAACUCCGGGAAGAAUUUUCUAACGUGGAGAUCAAAGCUAGAGCAGCAAUCUCAAGCCAAGGCCACCAACCCCCUGAAGAUAACGGUCUUAACCAGAGAGAAGAUGAGUUUUCGUCACUCUGGUGGGAAGAGUAUGCAGAUUGCAGCCCAGGCUCUCUAGCACAAGUUGUUCCUAAAAAUAAAUCGAAUAAGCAGUUAACUGAAACUCAUUUAGAAACUUUUGUGUCUUCUACUCUAUAUGAUGUUGAAGAGGAGAGAGUUGGUGUGCCUGUUAAGGGUGGGCUAAAUGAGGUAGCAUCGUUCUUUGCGGUGUAUUAG